CUUUAUAGAUAAAUAAUCAGUUCAAAUAAAUUAGCACUUUAGGUAUUCCCCUCAAUAAUUUAAAAGAAUAUAUCCAAAUUUAUCUUUACUGUUUGUAUACAUAAAUAGAUGAUUGUCAAAUCCAUGACAAAAUACCAAAAAAUUGACCUUUAGUGUCAAGAUAAUCUUUCAAUCGUUAAUUAUAAAUCUUUGUUUGGGUUAGUUCUCUUUCAAUUUUCAUAAAUCUUCCACAUUAACAUGUUCUUAUUAACAUUAUUCUUGGUUUUAAUCCCACAAACUAUAUCACAGACACCUCGUUUAAAAAUGUCGAUUUAUUACGAAACUUUAUGCAGCGAUAGCGUAAAUUUCAUCAAAAAUCAACUCGCCCCAAAUUACGACGCAAUCAAAAAAGACGUCGAUUUCGAUUUAAUCCCAUUUGGAAAAGCCACGCAUAGUAAGAAAUUGGAUGACGAUUGGACGUUUUUGUGUCAACACGGUCCUCAAGAAUGUAACGGAAAUAUGUUACAAGCGUGCGGAUUAAAAUUCGCCGCGAAUCAAGACGACAAAAUUAAUUUUGUAAACUGUGUCAUGUCCGCAAAAAAUCCUUCAGCAAAAACGACAACGAAAAAAUGCGCCGAAUCUAAUGGUAUUUCAUGGGAUGAUUUACAUAAUUGUUACAAUAGUAAAGUAGGAAGGGAAUUAUUAGCGCGAAACGGCGAUAAAACUUAUAACGUUCAACCUUCAAUAAAUUAUAUUCCAACAAUCAUUUUUGAUAAUAAAUACGAUUAUUAUCUUCAAAAUCGGGCGAUGUACGAUUUAAAAGGAACUGUAAAGGGUUUGGUUGAUGAUUUAAAUAGGAUAAAUUAAAAAUAUAAAAAAUUUUUCUA